AUGUUGAUUUGGUUUUGGUUAGUACAAUUGUCGGUGGUUUUAGCCAACCAAGACUUCUACAAGAAUAAUGAAAACAUCUUCGAGCUUCAUAGUGGAAACUUUGAUAAGGUGGUGAGAUCAACUAAUUAUACUACCAUAGUGGAAUUUUAUGCUCCAUGGUGUGGGUAUUGUAAGCAGUUAAAACCAGUAUAUGAGAAAUUAGGUAGAUUUAUGGCUUCUGACUCCAAGUUGGCUGUUAAUGUAGCAACUGUUAAUUGUGAUAGAAGUGUCAACAAACAAUUGUGUGCAAAAGAACAAGUAACUGGGUUCCCUACCAUCAAAAUUUAUAGACCUCCAAAGGUGGAUUUAGAAAAACCUUCAAAGUCCAGUAGACAUGCAUCUGAGAUUUAUAAUGGAGAAAGAGGAUUAAAAUCAAUCAUUAACUUCGUUAAUUCCAGAAUCAAAAAUUAUGUCAAGAAGGUGAAAGCAGAUACUGUGAAUGAAUGGAUAGAGAAGAAAGGUGAUUAUAAGGUGAUCUUGGUUACUGAAAGUACAAGUGUUACUCCUAUGCUCAAAACUUUAGCUAUAGAUUUCUUAGGAGAAGUGGAAUUUUCUUACAUCCAUGCAAAGUCUUCGAUUACCAUAGAUCUUUUAGAUCAAUCUUUAGAAGUUACUGAGCGUCCCACUAUAUUUUUUGUUAAUAAACAGACCAAUGAAGUCAGGAGAUGGGAAGGUGGGAAAGACAAAGUCGAAAUCAGUAAAUGGAUUAUGGAAUCUGGUGUCACACCUGUAGAGGGUAUUUUGUCUAAGAAAGGUAAAGCUUCCUUGAAAUACAGAUUGGGUAAGAAGAAGAUAGUUCAUGAUGAACUCUAG